AUGAUCGGGCCGGGUUUGGCGUUCGUGGCUUAUCCGGCUGCGUUGAUGGAAAUGCCGGUUGCCCCGCUUUGGUCCGCCAUCUUCUUCCUCAUGUUCAUCUUUGUCGGUCUUGACAGUCAGUUUUGCACACUGGAAGGUUUCAUCACGGCUUUGAUGGACGAAUGGCCCCGAUAUCUUCGGUCACACAAGGAACUCUUCAUCUUGGCUGUUUCCCUAUUUUCCUUCGUCAUCGGUCUCUCUCUCGUCUCCCGGUGCGGAAUGUACGUGCUGUACCUGAUGGAUAAUUACGCGGCAGCCGGAAUGUGUUUGCUCUUCAUCACGGGCUCGGAGUGCAUUUCCAUCGCCUGGGGUUACGGCGCCUCGCGAUUCUACGCGAAUCUCAAGGAAAUGAUCGGAUAUCCUCCGCUGCGGUACAUGAAGUACUGCUGGCUCGUCUUCUGCCCCGCCGUCUGCUUCGUGAGCGAUCGAAUCGAUGUUUCCUGGAAUAAGGCGACUGAGGAGUUGAAAAGGGCGGAAGAAAAAUUUCCCCUUUUCUUCCAUGAGGGACUCAAAAAUUCAAACCUUUACGGAAAGGCUACGGUUCUCUCAUAUUUCGCUCGAAUAGUUGUUUUGUAUAGUUAA